UGGGCAGGGCAGAAUAAAACAUGACCCUUUGACUGUGUCUCAAAUGACAAACCGCUACUAAUUGCUCCCUAGUGAAAGCAGCAAUCUCACGCUUUAAACAAACGAGGUAGUCAGUGCUCGAUUGCUCUGGUCUCAGUGGUCUGGCGCGAACAUGGCAGAUUCAGAGGAUAAUGUUACAAUUCCUCUCUUGAACUCUCUUUUGCAAAUGGAUCCUUACCUCAAACCCUUUGAAAAGGACUUCCAGAGGAGGUAUGGGCUGUUUGAGAAGCAGCUCGCACUCCUUGAGGAGGCCGAAGGAGGCUUUGAUCAGUUCACACGCAGCUAUAACAGUUACGGAGUACAGCGGAUGCCAGACAACAGCCUCGUCUUUAAGGAGUGGGCCCCGGCCGCCGAGGCUCUGUUCCUCACUGGAGACUUCAAUGACUGGAAUAAUUUUUCGCAUCCCUACACUAAAAAGGAGUUUGGCAAAUGGGAGCUGCACAUGCCCCCAAAAGAGGACAAAACACCUGCUGUCACUCAUAACUCCAAGAUGAAGGUGGUCGUUCACACCAGAGCAGGUGAGCGGCUCUACCGAAUCUCACCUUGGGCAAAGUAUGUGACCCAGCAUGAGAAGUCCGUCAUCUAUGAUUGGGUACAUUGGGACCCUCCUCAACCUUACAUUCACAAGCAUCCUCGUCCACAGAAGCCCAGGAGCUUACGGAUAUACGAGUCCCACGUUGGCAUCGCAUCUCCUGAGGGCAAAGUGGCAUCCUACAGCAACUUUACACACAACGUGCUGCCCAGGAUCAAAGAUCUUGGUUAUAACUGUAUUCAGCUGAUGGCGAUCAUGGAACAUGCCUACUACGCUAGCUUCGGUUACCAGGUCACGAGUUUCUUCGCAGCAUCAAGUCGUUACGGCACCCCAGAGGAACUCAAGGAGCUGAUUGACGUGGCUCACUCUCUGGGUAUCGUUGUCCUGCUUGAUGUGGUGCACAGCCAUGCAUCCAAGAACACAGAGGACGGGCUGAACCGCUUUGACGGCUCUGACUCCUGUUUCUUCCACAGUGGGCCCCGUGGAGUACACAGCCUCUGGGACAGCAGACUCUUCAACUACUCUAGCUGGGAGGUCUUGCGUUUUCUCCUGUCAAACCUGCGCUGGUGGAUGGAGGAGUACAAAUUUGAUGGAUUCCGGUUCGAUGGAGUCACAUCUAUGCUCUACCAUCAUCAUGGGAUUGGAACAGGAUUUUCUGGGGAUUAUGCUGAAUACUUUGGACUCCAAGUAGAUGAGGAAUCUCUUGUGUACCUCAUGUUGGCAAACCAUAUUUUGCACACCCUCAAUCAAGACUGCAUCACUAUUGCAGAGGAUGUGUCCGGUAUGCCCACCAUUUGCCGUCCAAUUCAAGAAGGAGGUCUGGGUUUUGACUAUCGCCUGGCCAUGGCCAUUCCAGACAAAUGGAUUCAAAUCAUUAAAGAAUUCAAGGACGAAGACUGGAACAUGGGAAACAUUGUGCACACGAUGACCAACAGGCGAUACGGCGAGAAAUGCAUCGCUUACGCCGAGAGCCAUGACCAGGCCCUGGUGGGAGACAAAACGCUGGCCUUCUGGCUGAUGGACAAGGAUAUGUACACCAACAUGAGCGCUUUGAUUCCAAUGAACUCCGUUAUUGAUCGGGGCAUCCAGCUCCACAAGAUGAUCCGACUGCUUACCCACGGCCUGGGAGGGGAGGGAUACCUGAACUUCAUGGGCAAUGAGUUUGGCCAUCCAGAAUGGCUGGAUUUUCCUCGAAUCGGCAACAAUGAGAGUUAUCAUUACGCCCGCCGGCAGUUCAACCUUGUGGACAUGGAGCACCUGCGUUACAAGCAGCUGUACGCUUUCGACCGAGACAUGAACCGCACGGAGGACAAGUAUGGCUGGCUGGCUGCUCCCCCGGCUUACAUCAGCGCCAAGCACGAGGGAGACAAGGUGAUCGUCUUCGAGAGGGCUAACGUCAUCUUCAUCUUCAACUUCCACCCAACCAACAGCUACAGCAACUAUAGAGUCGCUGUGGGGCCGGCGGGGAAAUACAAGAUCAAACUGGAUUCGGAUGAAAUCCAGUAUGGAGGCCAUGGCAGACUGGACCACAACACCGAUUUCUUCACUGAGCCAUUGGGAUUCAACGAUCGGCCCAACUCUAUGAUGGUUUACAUUCCCUGCAGAACCGCUAUUGUUCUGGCCAACGAGGAAAUCGAUUACUGCUACUGAAACACAAUCAGCGAUUCACCGCGAGAUGGAAAGCCAGCACGCUUCUGUGACUCAACCUACCUCCAUUCACUGCGUGUUUGCCAUCAUCCUUUAGAAACCACACAUUUUUCCUGUGAACUGCCACCGAACUCAAUUGAGUACAAGAUGUCAUGAAUACCUGAAUGGCAUUUCUGUUCAGGUAACUUUUCCUGUCAUUGUCCACACAUUGAUUAUUAAAGAAUUAGUUCUUCAAUAUCCCACUGCUCUAACCUAGCUAAACUUUAAUCAUCAAACCCCAAUAUUUCCGUAAAUGAAAAUACAAACCGAAUUUGUUUUUCAAAUACCAAGGUUCAUAUGCUUGCAUUUUGUUUAUGUGUGAAAUUACUAUUCAUUAGUGAAUAAUGUAGAAGUUAAUAAUCACUUGAUGAUAAUUUGACUGUGGUCAGUAUUAUAAGCAAUAUUUGUCAACACUGUAUUUGUAAUACCGUAAAUAAUUAUGAAAAGUCAAUAUAAUUAAUUUACAAUAAGUGUGAUCUGUCUGCUAUUUAAUUCGAAUACGACUCGAGCACUUUUUGACAUUCUGUGUCAGUGAUUUAAGUUGUCUGUAUCCAUAAGUAUGUGCACUGUAUUAAUUCGUCCAAGUUCGAAAGAUCAUGAUGUAUUGAUUACAUGUCAGUUUCAUACUGAGCUCAGUUAAAUUAUAUAUUUUUAAUACAUUAACUGUGUGUAAAGUCAUAAAAUCUAAGUUAUAAAUUCUGACAGGCUGUUGUUCAGUGCCUUCAAAAUGUUUCACUCAUAACCAGGUUUUGAUGAAUAUUAAUUUCACUUACUAAAUAAGAAAUUAUUUUUUAUUAAUUUAAAAUAUUAAAGCUGUUGAUACGAGAUAAUAUAGCUUAGAAGACAUCUUAGAGAAUGUGCCAACUCACUGUCAUAAAUUCAUGUUUUAUAAUGUAUCUUCCACUUUCUUUUCACUGACCACAACUUUUGUAGUUCUGAUAGAGGUCCAAAAGUAAGUCUGUGUUGAAAUACAUCAGAAUUAUUAUUAUUAUUAUUAUUAUUAUUAACCUUGAAGCUUGUCAUCAAAGCAUCGUAGGAGACUCAUUUUGCCCUGUCUUUUUGUUUUGUGGUUCAAAGAAUCCAAAAUUGCCCUUAAUGAAUUUGAUGCUUGCAGUAAUUUGUAGCACAAUCUGUUAUACUGAGAAAAGGCUUUUCAGAAAGCGUCUUGAAUAAAGGUUCAUCCUGACUGCUUAUUCUGCACGGUUUUUGUUAUUUUGAAAAUACAGCAGUUAAUGUCGCGUCAAAUUCAAAAGUUUGGAAGGUCCUCGUGAUGGUCAAGGUAUGUUUGUGUGCAAUGUUAAACACUGUGCUAUUUGUGUGUGAAAACCAUAUUAACCUGAAAUAAAGCACUUCUAGAAAGAAA